AUGGAAUUAGUCAGACAACUCGCUGGUCUCUCUGUUUCAAAUUUAAGACAAUUUCGUGAUGAUGAUUCUUAUGUGGAUCGGCUCAGUCAUCGAUAUACAACAACUAUAUGCGUUGUUUUUGCUAUUCUUGUCACGACUAAACAAUACGCCGGAGAUCCUAUCGACUGUUGGGUACCCGCACAAUUCAAACCGUCUUAUGAAGCUUAUACAGACAGUUAUUGUUGGAUCGCUAAUACUUAUUAUAUUCCGAUUGAUCAAGAAUUGCCUGACGAAGAAUCAAGUCGACGCAAUAAAGAUAUCCUCUAUUAUCAAUGGGUUCCCUUCAUUUUAUUAUUUCAAGCAUUCUUAUUCUAUUUCCCACGUGUUGUUUGGCGUACACUCAAUGUAAGAUCAGGUCUUGAUUUAGUAAAUCUUGUUGAUGCAGCCAUAAAAUAUGAACAAGUUGAACAGUAUGAAUCCCGAGAUCGUAUAAUGAGCUAUUUAAUUGUUAACAUUGAACGUUAUAUAUCAGCUCGAGCACAAUUAACUCGACAUCACAUUCAAAAACGUUUCUCAUGUAUUCGGCGAUUUUUCCAAUUAUGUUUCUUUUGUUCGAAUCGUCAUUACGGAAAUUAUCUGGUUAUCGUCUAUUUCCUUGUCAAAUUGAUGUGGCUUGUUAACGCAUUAGCACAAUUAUUUUUAUUAAAUGCAUUUCUAGGCAACGAAUAUUAUUUAUUUGGCUUUGAAGUCAUUGAAAAAUUAUUUAAAAAUCAACGUUGGACUGAAAAUCGACAUUUUCCUAAAGUGACUUAUUGUGAUUUUAAAAUUCGAGAAAUUGGUAUUAAUCAUUUUUACACAGUACAAUGUGUAUUACGAAUAAAUUUAUUUAAUGAAGUAAUUUUUAUUAUUCAAUGGUUUUGGCUUAUAUCAAUUAGUGCUGCAACAAUUUAUGAUUUUCUUGUUUGGUUAUAUCAUUGUACUGUUUCGCGUGAAAAGAUUCAUUUUGUUAAACGUCAUCUUGGUAUAAUGUCAUCUUUUAAUCCCCAAGAAGAACGUCAAUUAGCACGCGAAUUCGUUUUACAUUACUUAAAAGACGACGGAGUUUUCGUUACACGUUUAUUGUCAGUAAAUAGCAGCGAUCUUGUUGUAACAGAAAUAAUCAAUCAACUAUGGACCCGCUUUAAAACAGUAAAUCGUCUUUAUGCACCUCCAUCUCAGUCGGUAAGUUCAACGGACAAUAAUAUUAAUACGAGUACACCAGGAACAAAUCUAAAUUAUCAAAAUGGAAAUACACCAAUAAAUAAUUAUCGACCACGAUUAUCUCGCAUUCCACCACCUCCACUGCCAUCGUUUUUACAUCGAAAACUGCAACAACAAUUAAUUAACGAGAAGCCAGAAAAUAUUCAUGACACUUCUAAAUCUGCAAAGGAUACUGACGUUUAA